AUGGACGUCUGCAGUAACCCUUUGUGCUUCGAGCUGCUGGUAGAAAUAGGAGAAGGCUCUUAUGGAAAAGUGUAUAAAGCCAGAGAGGUAGGGGAGAAACAGCGCCUCCUGGCGGUGAAGAAAUUCAACAUCCGCGGGGACAUGUCGGAGACCGGGAUCCCUGCUUUCAUCAUCCGAGAGGUGGCGCUGCUGCGGAGAAUGAAGCACUUCAACCAUCCCAACAUAGUCAAGCUGUUGGAUGCAUCUGCCGUACCAGUGGGUAGGAGCUUGGACCUCACCCUGGUGCUGGAAUACAUUGACCAGGACCUGUCCACUUACCUCUCCAAGGUUCCUGCCCCUGGACUGAGCCGUGAAUGCAUUAAGGAUGUGAUGCAGCAGCUGCUGCGAGGACUGGACUUCCUCCACACAAACAUGGUGCUGCAUCGUGACCUGAAACCAGAAAACAUCCUGGUCAGCAGCUGCGGAGAAGUCAAAAUUGCAGAUUUUGGACUGGCACGCAUCUACACCUUCAAUAUUGCCCUCACUCCAGGUGUGGUGACGCUGUGGUACAGAGCCCCCGAGGUGCUGCUGAACUCUGUUUACAUGUCCUCGGUGGACAUGUGGAGUGCUGGCUGCAUCUUUGCUGAGCUCUUCCUCUUGAGACCAUUGUUUCAGGGAUACACAGAGGUACAGCAGCUGCAAAAAAUCUUUGAGGUGAUUGGUGUGCCCAGUGAGGAGGACUGGCCCAGUGACAGCCCAGUCUCAUACUCGGUCAACUGGGGACCAAAAAACUCGUGCACUAAGCUGCUGCACAACCUGAGCCCAGACGAGAACGACCUUCUAUCUAAAUGUUUGGCAUUUAGGCCGAGCGGCCGCGUCUCAGCAGCCAAAGCCCUGGCUCAUCCUUUCUUCAUGAAGCACUGAAACUUUGGAAGACGAAUAUCUUCUGCUCCAUCUGCUUUUCCUACUGUCACCUAUACUAACUGCUGUUGUCUUGUGCCA